UGUUCUUUUCUUGGAUCGAUCGAUCUUGUGAAGAUUCAAAGCCCAACUUGGGGUGCCUUCUAGUUCUAGCACCAUAGGCACAGUCACAGGCUAGUCCACAGGAGCUGAUGUUGUAGGUCACUGAAAGUAGCUCUCGAGUAGCCCACAGGAUAUCGAUUCAAGAACUUAUCGUGUGAAGAUCUCACAGUCUACCUGUAUGGACGAAACGUGUGCCCGAGAUACAGGUAGACUGCCGCUUGUUACUCAAAACAAGUAAGAUGUAUCAACAGCGUUGGUGCGGGAGUCGAUGACACUUCAACAUGCACAGCGCGAGAAACCAUGGAGCCACCCUCGAACUCCUCGCCACUCUGCAAUCUUUUGUUGCCAUCAGGACUCAGCACAGAUCUGCGUAUGAUUCGAUUCAACCCAAAGAUUGGGCCGAGAGACAGGCUGCAUCCGCUUCGACUGAAGGUUACGACCGCAACAGCAGAUCUUCUUGUUGUCUCCGGCUGAGUCAAGUCUCUCGAGUAAAGUAAGUGAUACGAAACCGGUACCAGUACUCGAUGACCCAGGACUGGACCUGUAUACGGUCCCUUUCCCACACCAAAACAACAAGACCAAGAAGCAAGGAACGCAAGCCCGAUUAGUUCUGUUGAAAUAGGCUCAUAAAGACUAAAAUAUAUAUUUCAACAUGACCAACUCAACAAACGUCAAUGCUAUCCCAAUAGCCUACCCAAGCCAACCUUACAUCGAACUUCCCAAAAGGCUUCAAGUCCACUUUGUGGCUGUUCCGAAGACUGGCCAGCCUGUGGGUGUCAACCUCACUCAAAAUGGAACCGACCAUGUGUUGAUCAGCGGUAUGGAAGCUUCAAGCCCGUUGCAGAACACACCGGUUGCACCAGGGCAACUUCUAUUGGCCGUGAAUGGGAAUUCUUGCCUGCCUAGUGCCUCUGCCGCCACAAAGUUGAUCCGAGACACAAACUCCCCAUCGUUUCUCGUUUGCGACAAGCCCCAGAGCAACUCUUGCAUUCAUGUGGUUACAGCCCCCUUUAGUCGGCAAAAUCCAGGCGCCCUUUUUGCUUCCAUCCGUGGGGGCGCUCUAGUCGCAGUGAGUAAGGUGUUCAAGACAGGGCCAUUCGCGGACAAAGACAUUCAGAAAGGCGAUAUUGUUGUUGCUGUCAACGGAGUGCCCGUCGCCUCCCCUGAGGAUGCCAAGAAGGCCCUGCUGAAACCCAUGGCGAAGAGCUCAGUCACAGUCCUGCACGUUCUUAGCAUGGAAAUGCUUCGAAAGGCCAUUGCGGGUUCUGUCACUGCCCGCAGUGGAAUCUCCAUUGAAAUCGAUGUUUACUCGAAGGCGCCGUACCUGGUUUUUUACCGUCGCGGCAAGCGAGGAAAACGACUUGUCUCAGUCAGACAUGAUCCAGAAACUCUUCACCUGGUUGACCAAGGCUUGGUGACCGAGCUCCCAAAAGGCUCAUCCCGAGAAAUACAUUUGGUCCCCUUCAUUAAACAUUUCAAUGAGCUACUGGAGGUCGCACUUGACAUUUUUGAGGAUGAUGUGUGCGAGACUGAAUGGAGAUACCUUACUAGUGCAGCCAGGAUAUCAAGCGACACGCCUGCCCUACCCAUCCCAGCGGAACGAACGAUGCAACGUGUCUCUUCAAGCAUUCCUGUUGUGCAAGCAACGUUCGUUCCAAUGGAAGGCUAGACAUCUCUACAAGAAAAAGUGGCCUUGAUGACUCUACACGUAAUAGAAGAGCGAAUAAUCCAAGACUCUAGCUCUACACACUUGUAUUAUCAUUAAUUUUUUAUGUCCUCAA